CUUGCCUCCAAAGAGUUCACUACCUACCGCUUCCAAUCACUUCAGUGUGCAUGGCAUUUCUCAGUCCCCUUCAGAAGAAUUAGACGCAGAAAAACCUGAAGUAAACCGUCAAGUGAUACUAAAAACAAAUGAUGUUUCUGGGUUGGCAGAGCGUCAUGAAGCUCCAAAAGAAGCGCAGGCAAAUUCCAAGUUCUGUAAUCCACCAGAAACCAAUUCGCCUUCCUAUCACAAGGAUGCCUCUUUCUAUCACAUGGAUGCGUCUGCCUCCAGAACAACCAUAGCAUCCACCAUGUCAAACACUAAGGAAUCCACAGCAAGUUCAACCGAGGGAGCAAAACAUCAAAUGCCUAGUGCAAUGACUGUACCGAUAUCACCACCACCACCUCCGCCGCCGAAAAGAUCUCCCCCAAGUCUGGCCUGGAAGAACUCUGGACAGCCACCACUACCACCUGCGUUACCACUUCAGAUACAUGUUGGUAAAGACGGGUCCCCUCUUCCAAAGUUGAAACCUUUGCACUGGGACAAAGUAAGAGCAGCCCCAAACCGCUCCAUGGUGUGGAAUGAUAUAAGAUCAAAUUCCUUUGAAUUCGAAUUUGAUGAGCAGAUGAUCAAGUCUUUGUUUGCAUACAACUUUCAAGGCUUAGUGAAAGAUGAAGACGUCACCAGCAGGACUUUACCUACCACUAAACAUGUCAUUGAACAUCACCGACUUCAGAAUACUACCAUCUUAUUGAAGACCUUAAAUGCGACCACAGAACAAGUUCACAAUGCUAUAGCACAAGGCACGGGAUUAUCCGUACAACAACUGGAGGCGCUUGUCAAGAUGAAACCUACCAAGGAAGAAGAGGAAAAACUACUGGUCUAUGAUGACGAUAUCGACAUGCUAGAUCCAGCAGAGAAAUUUGUCAAGUUACUACUAGCUAUACCAUUGGCAUUCCAAAGAAUGGAGGUUAUGCUCUACAAGCAAACUUUUGAUGAUGAGGUGGUUCAUAUCAAAAUGUCCUUUGCAAUGAUUGAAGGAGCUUGCACUGAACUCAGGUCAAGCAAGCUGUUAUUAAGGCUACUUGAAGCAGUACUCAAGACAGGGAACAGGAUGAAUAUUGGAACACUAAGAGGUGGUGCAAAUGCUUUCAGAUUGGACGCGUUGCUGAAAUUGGCAGAUGUACGUGGGGCUGAUGGAAAGACAACCCUUCUGCAUUUUGUACUUCAAGAGUUGGCCCGCUCCAAAGGAUCAAAGGCUGCAGAGAAGCUCGGUGAAACCCCCAGGUCUUGCCACGCCACACUAGCAGAACGGGAAGAAUAUUGCAAAACAGGUACAGAAUUCGUCUCUGAGCUAAGUAACGAGCUAGGCAAUGUCAAAAAGGUAGCAAGCAUAGACUUGGAUACUAUGAUGAAGUCAAUUUCAAACCUAUCACGUGGACUGGCUCAACUAAGAGAUCUCAUCGAGAAGGACCUGCCCAGAAAUGACAAGAACAGGGAAUUCCUGCAAUACAUGACAACCUUCCUAAAUUAUGCAGAAAACACUAUGCAAGAGCUUGAAGUUGGCAAAGCUCAAGUCUUGCACCAUGUUGGGGAGCUAACAGAGUAUUAUCACGGUGAGGUUGGCAAGGAUGAGCCCAACCUGCUCCACAUAUUUGUCAUCAUAAAAGAUUUUCUUGGUUUGCUGCAUAGGGUGUGCCGUGAGAUGAGGGGCAAAAAACAAAAUCAACCUCUCAACCUAGUACUUCCACUGAGGUGAAUAAUUUGACAUUCAGAUUAAUCAGCUGACCAUUAACAAGUUGACUGUUUUGUUUGCAAGUAUUUGUAUAGUGAUGUUACCAUGGAGAUCAGUUGGCAUUAACUGACAGUUUGUGCAUGUGUGUAAGGGUGAUAUCAGCAUGUAUUCUUUGAUUUGUAUGGCUGGGCUUUUCCAUUUUGUUUAAUAUGUUGAUAACUUGA